ACUCGCCCAGCCCGCAACAAGCACGCCCUCGGCCGCAGUGCACAUCAACACCACAAUGACGAACGCAGACGAGGCAGUCAGGCACCAGGCUGUCGUGCCAGACAAGGUCCCCACUGGAGAGUACCCUCUCAUCGACAAUGACCCACACAUUAGCCGCGUAAUGCGGUACACUCGCCCCUCCGACUGGGCCUACGGUGCCGCCCUCGGAAGUUUGAGCCCUGGAUUGAUGCUUUACUGGGAGAAGGUGUCGCCCUCCAUGGUCGGCAAGGGUGGUUUUGCCCCCGUCUUGCGAUUGACCGGCGCUGUUGGAGUGGCUGGAUGCUUCAUGUUCGCCUACUCGAGGUCAUGCAUGCGUUUCUACGGUGCACGUGAGAACCGCCGCGAGGUGGAGAUGGACAUGCGCGAAAUGGUCGACAAGGUCAAGAAGGGCGAGCCACUGUAUGGAAAGUCGGAAAUGAGCGAGUACAUGCAGGGAGUCGCCCACCGAAACUCGCGCUUUGCCGCAACAUUUGGUCACGUUCUCCCAUGGCCAAACCUCGUCAAUCACCCCUACCACGGUGUUGACACCGCAAAGUACUACCGACAGGCUGAGUUGGAACUUGAGCAGGAGAGGCUCGCCCGCGAAGGUCGGUAGAGCCAGAGAUGCUGUAAACAGACUAAGCGUAGUUUUUUGAGUCACAGUGGCUGUAAAUAAGUUCAAACAAGCCAAGUGAGCAUGUAUCAACAUGUGUUUCUUGUUCUCAUUCCAUCUCUAGUUUACAGGGAGUCCCUCCAAGACCUUGCUCU